AUGGGUAUGGCAUUCCUCAUGAUUUCCGGAAUCUCACUGCUCUCUUCAUUCGUAAGCUUCUACUCUCACCUCUGCUUCAUAACCCACGUCUCACUUCUCCUCGCGUCGUUGAUCGGACAAAUUCUUGGCAUACUGGCCUUGUUUACCAAGGAGCGUGCUACCCUUUCGAUGCUCAAGUCCCCCAGGGACCCGAAAGAGGCCAAACUAUUGGUGAGGUUGGAAUGCGGGGUUUUGAUGGCAAUGCUGAUGAUGCAGAUGGUGGUGUUGAUGUUGAGCUGUGCGGUGCAGAGCUGCUGGGUGAGAGAGUAUGAGGGAUUGGAAGCCGAGAGAGAGGCCAUGACGAAGAAGAGGAGUCGGCGCAUUGCCAAGGUUCAAGAGGAGUCCAUGGCCAAUGCUGAAAAAAUUGCAGAGAUUAAGGCUAAAGAGUUUGAUGAGAAGAUGAAGAACAAGUAUGGACAGAGGGUUAAGCCUGAGUUUGAAGCCUGA